AUGGGCUCUGGUGCGUCCGCUCCCACUGCCAGCCCUGAUGCCGCGGUUCUCCCCGCCCUUGCUGAACUCUCCGCGGAGGACAAGGCCCGUGUCUUGGAUGCCGCCAACGAGGCCAUCGCCGAAGCCAUGGCAAACAUCCAGAAAGAGAAGAAGUGGAAGGCUGCCUCCGAUGAGUUGAAGCCGAAGCUGUCCGCGAAGAAGCACGCAGGGGAGAAGACUUUGCUUUGGAUCAGCGAUGGCAUCCUCUCUUGGCCGGUGGCUGCUUCUGCUGCGAAGGAGGGAGUGAUGCAAAUGUGGUACGCCGCCAAGGAGCAGCACGAGCUCUGGGAUGACAUCGUGGCCGCCAUGAAGGCCGCAGAAGUUCCCGAAGGCUCCUUUACGCAUGUCGGCUGGAUGUUCCAUGGCUCCGAGAUGACGGGCGAGUACAAGGAGCAGAACCUGAAGUUCUUGGCAGCAUUGAAGCCAUACCUUGCAGAGGGGGCUCGUGUGGACAUUCUCGCAUGCGAGAUGGUCGCGGGACCCACCGGGCUGAAGAUCUUCAAAGAGUUGGAGAAGGAGUCGGGCAUCAACCUCGCGGCCUCCACCGACCUCACAGGGAACUCUGCUGCUGGUGGCAACUGGAUCCUCGAAACUGACGGUGUGGAUGUCAAGGAGCAAUAUUUCACCGAUGCCAUCAACGAGUUCUCGGAGACGCUUCUGGGAUUUGCUAUGCAUAGAAAGGCCGUGAAGGCGGCGCAGCGACGCAGAGGUGGUGGAUUUUUCUGA